UCGCCCGACCUGGCAACCCCACGGGACGCCGCAUGGACGAUACAUAUUAUACGAUAAACAUAUAAAUAUCUAUAUAUAGAGAUAUAUAGUCCAAUAUCAGUAUCGAACGACGCGCCAGGCCAACUAUGUAUUAGAUACCGCUGAUUCGUCGUCGUGUUCAUAUCAAGCGGCGCAUAUAUUUCACAAAGGAUAACGCAAUAUAAUGGUUAUUGUUAGUUAGGUUAUGUAUACAAAAUAAUAUCUGAUACGAAUUUACUGGUUUUAUGUUUUAUUCGGUUUCAUUUUAAAGGCGAUAUAAAGUGAAUAACCAUUUAGUGUAUAACAUAUAUAUGUGUAAACAUUAUAAGUUCCUAUUAUAACGAGAUUGAGUGUGUGUUAAAUUGUAUAGGUCUCUAAUAAGUACGCGUAUAAUAAACAGUGUGCAUAAUACAUAUUUUAAGAUAUUGAAUGAACCAAGAGGUUGAAUACAUUUUAAUUAGAUGAAACUAUUUAUACAGUAAUAAAAGAACAGUAAAAGUGUUUAUAGGUAUAUUAUAAAAGUACAUCUAUAAAAAUGUCUCGUCCACAUACUAGCCCAUUAUGGGAAUAUUUCAAUAAAUAUGAUAUUAUUGAUAAAAAAGCCAAAUGUCGAGUAUGUGGCGAUAUUUAUAGCUACAAAGGCUCUACAGGGAAUCUAAAGGCUCAUUUAAAAAAAAUGCACUAUGAUGCUUAUACUGAGGUAAUGACAGAACAAUUAAAACGAGCAUCAACAACAGGUCAGGAACAACAACCACUCCUAAUAUGUACCACGCAUUUAGCGACCGAUUCCCCCGGUGCAUCUUCUUCCGCAGACUCAACUUCAAAGCCGGCUUCGAGGCAACAAACCGUAAAAAGAGAUAGUACUAGCAGAAGAAUGACGAAAGAGAUGAGAAAAAAAAUUGAUGAUGAUUUAUUAGAUCUAUUUAUAGACAGUUAUCAACCGUUCUCAUUGGUCGACGACAGAGCGUUCAAGAAGUUUGCGCGGUGGAUUCCAGGAUAUGAACUGCCAACCAGAAAAACAAUUUCCACUGUGAUGUUACCCGCAUUAUACAACCAGACCAAAAAUGAAUUAAAAACGACAUUAAGCUCGUGUAACUACUCGGUAUGCCUUACGAUAGAUUUAUGGACGGCUAAUGAACGGGAGCUGAACGAGUCAUAUAUAGCCGUCACGGCUCAUUACAUGACCAGUGAUUUUGAAUUGAAAACCGCGCUGUUAGAUUGUCGUAAUUUUCAAGAUUCCGAUACGAGUGAAGAUAUACAAGAAUUAUUAACCAAUGUUAUAGCCGAAUGGGGCCUUACGGGUAAAAUAAAUUUUAUAGUAUCCGACAGCAAUAACAACGUGCAAGAAGCGAUUAGAAUUAUCGGAUGGGAACAAUUUGGGUGUUACGCCCACACCUUGAAUUCAAUAGUUGAGUAUGCCUUAGCUGUGCCGGAACUUCAAAAGAUUUUAGAGAAGGUUAAAAAAAUAGUUCGCCAUUAUAAAAAAAGUACUACAGCAUUGGAGUCAAUUUUAAAGGCUCAAAUAGAAGAUCAACCGGACUGUAUGCCGAAACGCUUCCUACAAGAAGUGCCCACACGGUGGAAAUCUACCUACCAUAUGGUUCAGCGCUUUGUCGAUCUAGAGAAAUAUAUAAAAGUUACAAUGACAGAUCAAAAAAGUGAUUUACCAGCCGUCACAAAUAUAGAAUGGAACUUACUUACAGAGGUAUCUAAAAUUUUGCAACCAUUUGACCAAGCCACAGAAACAAUCAGUAAUGAAAAAUAUAUGCCUGGAAGCCUUGUCAUUGUAAUGACACGUUGCCUUAUGACGACUUGUGACAAAUUCGAAUCAGAACCAUUUCAUGAAGUGACAAAAGAAAUGAUCUCUCGCUUACAAACCGGUUUGACGACUGAAUUCGGUCUUGUAGAAAAGAGUAGAACGUUUAGUACAUGUACAUUUUUGGAUCCUAGAUACAAAUUAUCUGUCUUUAGUGAUGAGGAUGAAGCAACGAAGACUAAAAACUACGUACAAGAAAUGUUAAUCAAUCUUAUUACUCAAGAAAUCGGAGAGGAUCAGUCAUCUUCCUCUGUUAGUAGCAGUACCAAUGCUGAUGGAUUUCGAGCUAUACUCAAUAAAAUAGUCGGCCAAAAGAUGAACACAGCAAGUCCUUUGUCGAAAGCGUUAAAAGAGAUCAAUACAUAUAUAAAUGACGAUCCGCAGCCAAUUUUUAAUGGAGACGAAUUGAGCUGUCCACUGGAGUGGUGGCGUGGUCACAAGUGUACAUACCCCUAUCUUUCCAAGCUGGUCCAAAGUUAUGGAAACGUCAUGGCGUCCUGUGUACCAUGUGAACGAAUAUUUACUAAAAUAGGCAUAACACUAAAUGACCGCCGGACGAGGCUACCGUCACAAAAAGUGGGGCAACUGACUUUCUUAAACGUUAAUUUAGACCAGAAUAGAUUUUCUUAAAACUUUAUUAAUUUACCUCUUAAUGGUCACAAGGGAUAAAACAUUUGCUACAGGCAAAAAUAAAUGCAAUUUAGAAAUUACGAGAGUUAUUUGUUGCGAUAUCUACCAACAGUGAGUGAUGCAAUUGCCUCUAUGUAAAAAAGAAAAAGAUAUAGAAUGUCUAUGUUUUAGAGUCCUAUUUGGUAUAUUAGUUUUAAAAGUACCACCAUGUGUAGGCUAUGUUACGAAACCGCUAAGGAAUAAGUCAGAUUUAUUAUAGGUAUAAUGUUGUUAUGAUAACUCUUGUAUUAAAGCUUUGUGUAUUAAAUUAAUCUAUCGAAUUUA